AUGGCAUCCCUUGAGAUGGCUUUUUACAAGUAUCUCCAGCUUCGGCAUGCAGUUCAGGCGCAGUUUUGCUCGCUGAAGUUUACUCCAGUAUUUUCUGACGUGGAGUUACUCCUGGACACUACGGACCUCUCAAAGCCCCUCAAUCAGGCUUAUGCUCUCCUUCAAUCUUUAGGGCCUAGCCCGUUCUCAAAAGCAUUCUAUAAAUGGCUUGCUGAUAUCCCGGAUUUGUCUGAGGAUCAAUGGAAGGAGGUCGAGGGCUCUUAUUACUCUAUAGUAGUCAGACUGACACCACACGCAAGCAACGACGCACAUGGCGAGGAAGCCAGACACCACCGAUGCAAUAAGACCCCGUGUCCCUCGUUCAGCCAGGAGCAAAAUAUCAAAGUACAACCCCAGAAAAUAACACCACCAUGCUCUGUGUCAGAGAAGGAGAUAAUAUUUGAGGAGCAGUCUGUUGCUACAGAAACAGUAACGACAAGCUCAGAAUGGAAUUCCAAUUAUCCAUCAGAAACAAGUGUCGAUGAUGAAUUACAAGUCAGACCUACUCCUACACCUCGUCGGCGAAUAGUAGUUGAAAAUACGGUCCUCCAAAACCUAUUACACAGGCUACAAUCUCCAGUAGAUGAGGAAAACCGACUACAUCCUUACUGCUUUCAAAAUGACCCUCAAUGGGGUCCUAAUGAGGAGCGUCCCGCACCCAUCCCUGACCUAGACGGGAGAUGUGGCAACAACAAUUGGUGCCAAUGUACUUGCUGUCACAGCAUGACAUCUGUGUUAGAAAGUAUCUGUUGUUGGGAAUAUUCUCAAAUAAAUACUUCUCGAGAAAAUUAUAAAUGUGGUAUUCCAUGA